ACCCAAUACUACUAUAUGAGCAUACAAUUAUUGAUCGUUCUAUUGUUACCGGGAAAUGAAGAUUGGAGGCGGCGACUAGAAGGGGACCAGUCCAAAGGCACAGAGCUAGAGUCAUCAAAACACACCGGGUGAUAGAGAAAACAGACCAUAGUUCCAAAUGUACAAUCCAAAAAAGAAACAAAAGAUAAGAAAAACCGACAACAGAUUCCGAGUCUGGAAAGAAAGAAAAAUAUCGAUGGAGGAUUUUAAUUUAAAAGGUUUUUCACCUAUUGAUGUAUUCUGGAAUUCUUAUUUUACUAUUCGAGUUUUGAGCAUGCAUGAUAGUUUACAUUGGUCAAGUAUGAUCAUUAACUUGAGUUGAGUAUAAAUAGAGUAUAUGAGAUUAAUAGUUGGGAUUUUGUAAAUCCCGGACUUGACAAUGAUGAUUUGUGAAUUGAAGAAGUGUUUAUCAGUGGUAUGUGGAAAUUUGGAUAAAUGAUUCAUAUCAAAUUGAGGUUUAAACCUAUUCUAAUUUUGUGGAUGUGAUUUAAGUCGAGAUUUUCAAAACGUAAACCUCGAAUGAUUUCCGUUGCGCGGUUGAACCAUCGGUUCAACCCAUGAUUUUAGGAUGGGGUGUUACAUUAGCGGUCAUAUACAAGAACUUUCCAAGAAAAUUGAUCAAGUUGCAUCAUCAUCGAAAGGCAAUGGAAAACAACUCAUGAAAUGUGAUUGGUGUGGCGACUCAAGUCACACUAUGGAGGAGUUUAAGUCUAUGAUUGAGGCCUCAAUAAAAUUUGAGCAAGCCAACUUUGUUGUAAGGCAAUCUCGAGGAAACAAUCCUUAUUGCUCUACAUAUAAUCCGGGUUGGAGGAACCAUACUAACUUUAUUUGGUCUUCUCCGACGGAUAGAAAGCCUCCGAAGUUUCAAGCACAAGCUCCUAUUCAAAAUCCUUACCCAAGACCGAUCAAACCCUCAUACCAUGGAGCAUACCAAGGACAAAUUCGAUCAUGUGGUCAAUUUUCUAAAACUUGAAGACUUGGUAGUCCAGUUCGUUACACACUCCAACAAGAAGUUUGAGGCUAUGGACAAAUUCAUAGAGAACACUACAACUAAAUUCUCAUGUUUGGAAGCGGGUCAAAAGAAUCAACAAGCUUCACUUCAAAAUCUUGAAGCCCAACUAAGCUCGUUGGCACAAGCUCUAUUGUCAAGACCACGAGGAACUUUACCAGGCAAUACCAAGCAUAAUCCUAAGGAGGGAUAUCAUGCGGUAACUCUGAGGAGUGGCCGACCUUUUAAGGAGACUCAUAUCUCAACACCGAGGAAACCGGUAAGAGAGGUUCAACGUGAAGUUGUUCAAGAAAAAGAGUUAGUUCAGGAAGAAGUGCAACCUACUACUGAAAUCAAGAUUCAAGGUGAGAAUAAUCUAAGAAUAUUCAAGCACCCGAUCCAACAUCAAAAACUCCUUAUCUUAGACGAUUAUUCGAAAGUGAUCUAUAUCAUGGAUGUGCUUCAUGGAAGGAUACCUUUAAGCAAUUGAAAGUAACAUUCCCUUUCUUUUGAGUUGUGGUUAGGGGUGAAAUGCCACUCGAACCCAGAGCUAGCUGGUUCUCCCCGAAAUGCUGGAUAAGCUUCACGACCGGGUGGUCUUCGUAAUGAAAGAGACAUUUGACGUAGACAUGUUUAUGAAGAUUCUAAAAUAUACUAAGUUCUUGAAAGAAAUAUUAUCGGGAAAGAGGAAUAAUUGCUUGAGUAGAGGAGUAGAAUCACGUAGAUAAAGAUUGAUAGAACUUUACCCUUGCCUCACAUUGUCUUUGGAUGUUUUAUUGUUUAUAUGAAUGAUUAAGCUUAAGAAGUGGAUGAAAACUUGAUGUGGUGUUCAGGGCAAAGAUCGCAAUUUUCAAGCCAGAGAUCGCGGUCGCGAUCUUGUAGCAAGAGCCGAAGAUCUUGUGCGGGUUUAUUUAAAGAGGGAGUUGCACAUUGCAUCCAUGCGUAGUCUCUCCAUUUCAUCUUUUAGAUCUAAAUGCCAUAUUUCCCCACCUCUCUUAGCUUAGUGAGCAUACCUUAUCUACUUCUCUUUCCAACGUCUUUUGAGAAGUAUUUUUAAUUGUUUGUAGUUUCCAACAUGUCUCCUAACAAGAUAAUAAUACUUUUUUAUUUCCCCAUAUUUUAAUUACCUUGUUUUGCUAACCAUGGGUUGAACGUUGUGAGGGUUUAAAAUGCUCAUCUUCAUAUUUUCAUGACUUAUUGAUGCCCUGUGAUUGUUUUCGUCUUUAAUGUUCAUGUAAUGCAUUUUCGGAGAUCUUGGUGGCCUAUUUCCAUGCAUUUCUUGAGUUUUUCAAGACCGCCAACCAAGUGUUCGAAGAAAGUCCCCAACUACACAGUUCUCAUUUUCUUCAAUCCUACUCAUUGAGCAUCGAUUUCCAUGCACUUGUUAACUUUUGUUAACUUGAUUAUGUAUUAUUGGCAAGACCUUAGCCUAUUUCCUUGUCACUGAACUCUAUCUUCAUCUAAGUAUUCUCUUUUGCGCAUGACUUAGGUAUCGCUUGCUUGUGGGAUUUGGGUGAUGGAUUUGGCACCCAAAUUCCAAGCAUCAUGGAAUUGACAUAAAGCCAUUGUUUGUUAAGUGACACAAAUUUGCGGGGUUCACGGAUUUGGACAAUUUUUUAAAUCCAAAUCCGUGGACCCCACGAAUUUGCAAAUCUCACAUUUCAUUUGUGAUUUGGUAAUGGAAGGCAAACAUGUGAGGCAAAUGCAUCAUAAUUCCAUGAUAAAAGAUAAACUAAACAAACAAUGUACUCUUCCAAAUCCAUAAUGCAAUAAAUCCAUCAUAAUUCCAAAGGUUUCUAAAACUCAAAACCCUCAUUUUCAAAUCCAACAAGCAAAUGAGCCCUUAAUCUCGGUCAAGUGUGGGGGAAAGCUUAGAGAGUUGUGGAGAGUUCUUUGAAUAAUCCUUUCUAUGAUAUGUGAUGUUUGGAUUGAUGGUUUGUGCAUUCUGUACUACUUGUUUUGGAGGAUGAUUUACAAGACAAAAGUAAUGGCACGUGGAGAGAGUUCUUCAAAUAUAGAGCUUUCUAAAAUCUCUCAUCCUCACCAAGGCCAUCGGAAGAAGAAAAGUAAAUCCAAUUCAAAUGAAGUAGUUGUUGAAGAACCACAUCCACUGAUCCACCAUCACUGUCUUCCCAUCUACCAAGGGAAAUACAUAAAGAUGAUGAAGCUAAUGAGAGAGGUGGCAUAGAGCACAUCACGCAUGACUACUUGGAAAAUGUCCCCGAGCAAUUCAAGACCAAACUUAUGUGGCUACAAGGACUGUCUCAACUAGAUAAUCUUCGCACAGUUUGGAAUCGAGGAUGCGUUCCAAUCCAAGAUUCAGAAGUUGGAGUCAGUGGCGGACCCAGAAAUUACAUCAAGGGUAUUCAAUACUAAAACAAAAUCACCAAGGAUUGUCAAAUAGUUUUUUGUUCAAAUACUACCAUCAUUAACAUAAAAUUUUACAAAUAAAUUGUGUCAUAAUAUUUCAUGAACGUAGGUCCGCCCCUGGUUGGAGUGGCUUAAAUUGUUAUCUAUUCAAUAAAACAUCUAUCGGGUACUUGUUCUGGAGUUCAUUAACACUCUUACCAUUCAAGAUAUGAGAGGUGUCGCUGACCUUAAAGACAAAAUGAAAUUACAGCUAGGAGGAGAGAAUCGCCAACUUUUAAUCCGAGAAUUUACAAGAGCUAUGGAUAUUUACCCGACGGAUUUAAUUGACUCACCGGUCGCGUUCGCCACCUUGACAAGGGAAUCCGACUUCCCAUGUUUCAAUUCCUUCUAUGAAUCCGAAGUCAAGAAAUUUUAUAGUAGAUCGUGGGAUGUCAAGCUAUCAAAAGCUAGUGAGGUGAAACUAGAGUGGCGGCUAAUCCACCAUGUGAUUGCUAGGUCCUUGGGUGGAAAGAACCGAAGCAAAGGCAAUUUGACUACCCGAGACUUCUCUUUCUUCCAAAGCAUGCACCUACCCUAUUCUCUUCACCUCGGUUUGGCCAUCUUGUCCAUCUUCAAGCGUUAUGAAACAGAUCAUAGACUCACUGUCCUUCAUGGAGGAGUUUUUGUCACUCGUCUUGCUACCUUUUUCAAGUCGACUUCAGGGCCAUGCAAUUUCGGUUCGAUAGUAGGACCACUCUGAUAUCCUUUGUCAUCUUGAAGUCGAGAAUUAAAGCGGUGCACAUGAAUGACGAUGUCAUUUGGGGAGUACGGGGACUUCCAUUUCCAACUACUAAUAGGUUGGCCAUAGAGGGUACCAUGUUCCGUCUUUCGGAAGCUACAGUGAUAAGAUGAGGAAGAGGACUAGUCAACGAGGAAGAACAAGUGGGAAGCAUGUACGAGGGAGAAGAGGCGCCUAUAUCCACUUCUCAUUUGGUUCCCGCACCAUUCAACACUGCAAGGGACUACGGAGUCAAAGCAAUGAUAGCGGCGAUCCUUCACAAUCAAAGGAGGGAGAAGGAAGCAAGACUCCACAUCAUGGUGUGCAUCCAUGCUAUAAUGAAGAAGACGGAUAUUCUGAUCCAAGAUGUAUCGCCCUAACUUGCUCGCUCCCCUCCCCUUGCACCAUUUCAAGAAGAAGAAGGACCCUCCGAAGGGGAUUGAGUACUAUGAAUCCAAGGCGUAAGUUCUGUAUUUUCUUUUUCUUUGCUUUUAUUUAUUUUAAUUUUAAACAAUGUUUAAUUAUGGCUUUACUUUCAUUUAUUUUCUGUACUUUAAAUAUACUAUUACUAGUAGUAAUCAUAUUUAUAUUAUAUAUUUAUCAUACCUAUAAUACUUAAUCGUCUUUCUCUCUUUCUUAUGCGCGUUAUCAUUGUGAAAACCACCAGAAAGACAAAGAACUACACUUGUGUACCUUCACCAACCCACAACCCAACCUAUGGUAACCUUCAUGAUCUUCUCUUUUGAAACUCCCACAUUGAGGAGAAUGUGUUGCUCAAGUGUGGUGGUGUUUGUGUGUGUGUGGGUGGGGGGGGGGGGGGGGGGGGGGGGGGGGUUGUGACUGUUUGAAUGAUUGUCAUGAUUGAUUGAGCCAUGGAUUGCUAGUAUCCUUACUUGUUUAUGAAUGUAAGAUGUUGAUGAAUGCAUAUGGGAGUGUAUGCUAGCGUUUGUGUGUGUUUGUGGUGUCGGUUGGCCAAAUGAUAGUGUUUUGAAACCUUGAAUCCAUUACCCAAAUUUUUUCCAACUUUGAGGGUUCUAAAACACCUUGUUCCAUGCAAUCCCCUACUUGAUAUGCUUUGAAUUGAUACAUGAUUGAUGUGUUGUGUUCUCUAGGGAGUAGUUGCAUGAUUAGAGUACCAGUGUAUGAGGGAUUUUACUCUCUUCUUCCUCUUUGGUGAGUUGAUAAUGUCUGCUAUUUUAGGAAGAACAUGUGUACGGGAUUCUUUAUCAAUUUUGUACUCAAAAUAUUUUUAAAAGAGGUUCUCACGUGAGAGGCAACCGACCCUCAAGGUUUUGAGUGCCCUUUGAGGAUACGUUUGGGUAUAAGAUAGCUUUACCGCGUCCCGACCAUCUAUCACUACUUACCAUCCGCCAAACAUCUUUCCUCCUCACGGAAUCAUAUGCCAAGGUAAAAUGUAUUUUUUAGUGAUUCAUGAGACCUCAAAGCUCUAGGGCUAAGACAAAUCCGCCCAUCAACUUCCCCACAUGUGACCUUGAAAGGGAAGGCAAUGAUCCAUCCGCUCUCGGUCCUGAGGGAGAGAUACUUGCUUGCAAGACUGGUGUAAUGCGCGUCAAAGUAUAAAAAGGAGACCAGUAAAUGACAACUUCUAAAUCGAAAGGAGCUAUGGUGGACAAGGAGAUUGUACACCUGCCAUAGGAAUGCCUUCCUAGAUAGAACCCGGGAUAAAAUCUCGGUGUGGACGGUGGGUACCCAUUGAAAGGAGCUAUGUGCUUAAUGCCCCAGAUACAAUAACCUAGAUCAAGGUGACUGGCAUGGGUUUAGGGGAGGCUUACUCGGAGGCGUGUGGAUGACCACGAAAGCCCACGGAAAAUAGCUCAUUCACAACAUUUGACAAACCCUAUUUUUCUAGGCAUUGUAUAGUAAACCUACGCUAGGGUGAGGGAUAGUUCCCAUAAGCACCUGCUUUUAUCCUUAUUUGUUCUCACUCUUAGUAUUCCGCUUGAAUCCUCAACCACAAACCCUUAAACCGAUCGGCUAGAUAACAACAACGUGGAAAGUAGGCUAGGAUAGCGAGACCCGAGUGAAUACGACAUUAAUUGCCACUAUAUGACAACGCCACUCUAGGUUAAACUUGGCCUAAGAUGGGGUAGUUAUUGAGAUGUGCUAACUAUUGACAAUGACUUGCACGGAUUGAAUCGAUCAUAGGGAGAUGCGAUUUUUUUCCUUUUUUGUUUUAGUUAUUUAUUUUAUUUUUUGUAGUAUUGAGUAUUUCCAUCUGGCAUGACUUUUGAAGAAAAAUUGCCACAUCAUCAGAAGACGUUAGUACAGUCAGCAUCUAUGACGACUCCACUAGAGUUAUUGACAGAAUGACCAUUUUAGUGUAUUUUCAAAAUUGGGCUAUUAUUAUCAUAAAGGGGUUAAUAGCAU